AUGUUUGAUUCUGACUCCGUAGUCAAUAUACAAGAGACAAAACGUGUGAAACCACUCUGUUCAGAGGAGGUAUUAAGAGUAAUCGCACUAUUAGAAGAUCCUCCAUCAGAUCUGUCUGAUGAUUUACUCCAUCCUCGUAUAUUUGCUUUGGAACAACAUUCUGAUGAUAACUCAGAGCCAGAACAAGCAUCAGACUCUGAGUGGGAAGAUGAAAUCGAAACACUCUGUGAACCAGCAGUACCUCAACCAGCAGUCCCCACAGAUACCAACAAGCCAUCACAAGCUUCGAAACAUCCAAAGAAUUUUCCAGACUGGAAAAUCUUAGAGGAUCAUCUUUGUUAUAGAAGACCCGAUCCCCUUAAAGAGAUCCUGGGCGACGAGGAUGAGUGGAAAAGGGUACUGAGAGACCACGAAGUACCUGAAACACUAAAAAGAAAUCACGAGGAACCAGAUGCGGGACAUCUUGGUCGUGAUAAAAUGUACGAGCGCAUUAAAAUCAAUUUUUACUGGCCAGGCAUGUCGAAGGAUGUUGAAGACUUCGUACAAGCCUGUGAAACCUGUAAACAGGUUAAAUAUAAACAAACUUCCUCGAAAGCUCCACUUCAAACGAGACAACCGAUUAAACCUUGGGCGGUCUCUGUCGGUGACAAAGUCUAUUAUCCUAAUCGAAAGCUGAGUAAUAUAGCGGCGGGGUACAGCGCGAGUCUUGGGGUUAAAUAUUUAGGGCCUGCGUUAAUUUCUAAGAUAAUUAGUCCAUUAGUCGUAGAAUUGAAAAAUGAACGCGGUAAACUAUUAGGCCAACAUUACAUACCCGACUUGAAGCUGCCGCGUCGUAGUGAUCGAUUAGCGAAUAAAAAUUAA